AUGUCGCCAAAUACCUCACCGGUCUUCGAGGCCUUACCUGCGGAGGUUUUGGCCAACAUCCUGCGGCACAUGGCUUCACCUGAAGACGUUUACUCCACGAUCCGAGCCAGCCCGAGAGCACUUGGCAGUUUUGGCUGCUUUAGAGAAGCCAUACUCAUUGAGGUGCUUCAGGCGCACCUGCCAGCGGAGAUUUUUGCAGAGUAUCUGGGCCUGCUGCACAUCCCCAAAUAUGAGGACUUCAAUCAUGUCCCCGAGAAAGACGAAGUCAUCCUUGCGCCAGACAUCUCUAACAAGGACCACUGUGACUUCUUCGAGCGUUGGACAUACAAUAUGUCAUGUCUCGGUCUUCCCAUUCUUCAGCAACUCCUACGGUCUAGCUUCAACGACCAGCGGCUCUUUCUCAAGAAUACCACGUUUGACCUAAUGCCAUGUUUAGAGGAAACCUUGCUUCUGUACCACGAGAAUUACCUGGGAAAGCAAUGGUGCGAUGACCAGGACCCGAACACCAACCCUUUCUGCAACCGUCGUUUGACUAGGGGCGCAAGUCUCAUUUACACACCUGCUGUCAUGGAAUUGGCGAGCUGGCCCAUACCUGACAACCGCUUCCCCCGGCGCAGUCUCGACGCUGUAGAAGCAGGGCUCAAAGAGGUUGGAUGGGCAUUUUGGGAGGACCGUGAGAGAUUGAAGUAUUUGGGCUGGUCUGAAUCGGGCAUGGAUGCAGCCGACUCGGAUGGCAUCGAGGACUACGUGCGGUGCUUGAGCUUCCGAAGCCUGCCGAAGGGUUUUGAGGAGGAUGAAAAGUGCCCCGAGCAGAGCAUGUAUGUCACGAAGGAAGACCUCCAAGGGGAACUGUCAGCCAAGUACGCAGUCGGUCCACCUACACCGAGCGGGGAAUUAUUCUUCCUCAAUAGACUCAGGGACAUCAGCGACUGGCCGUCCAAAGAGGCCUCACCGGCGUUCCAAGAGAUCUGCCAGGGUCCUCCGACAAGUGGAUAG